AUGCCUGAAAGCUUCAGUAACCCAGAUGAGGUCGCUGAUGGCCCCAUCAGGAGAAGGUUCUCAAAGGCAUCGAGCCCGAACUUUCAGUUGUUCCGUGAUAGAUUUGGCAAGCAUGUGGAUGUCCGCAAAAAGUCUGAGGUCAACAUAUCAAAGGAUCGUCUCAGUUACGAUGGAUCGCAUUCUCCCAAUCUCUCGCGUCGCAACACCACUUCUGGUCCAGUCCCAGUCAUGACCCAAGAUUUCGGCUUCCCCGGUGCACGUACCAAACCUGGUGUGCUCUGCUCGGGCCAAUCAGCCCGAACAACUACCAGUCCAUCAACAGUGGACAGGAAAACGAGCUCUAACCCGAUCCUCUACCUCCACAUCCUCGUCAAGGAGAGUCAGAAAAGCUAG